GUGCCACAGGGACUACUAAAGAUGUAGCAGAAGAAUCCGUAUCAGAUGAUGACAAAAGGAGGAACUAUGGUGGCGUGUAUGUUGGCCUGCCAUCGGACGCGGCUGCCAUGGUUUCCAGUCAGACGAAAGCUGCACCAAAAGUUUUAACACAACAAAAUGCUGCUGUCAGCAUGUACACCACAGAGUUCAGUCACUGACUGGUGCUUCCAAAAUUUGCUGCAAAACAAAAAAAUGAAGAAAAAUAACCAUAUUAACCAUAAUAAUAGUGGCUGGUUUUGGAACAAUAGUACCUUUGUUGCAUGGUUUUUUUAAAUGGUGUUCUAAAUUAGCGAUAUGUUACAAUGUUUUAACCAUCUUUACCUUUUGUUUUCUAAUUAAGAUUAGAAGGAAGUAAACACAUCAAGAUCCAAACAGC